AUGGGAGACAACGAUACAGUCAAAGACGAUCCUCUUGCUGGCGAUAGGUUGUCUAAAAGUGUUCCAUCCCAAAAUUAUUAUGGUGUUUCAGCGCCUCAGAGAUACCAUACCGAAGACUACUUUAAUGAUCCAUUUGAUAAUUCCAAUGCCAUUGCUACUGAGAGAAGCCGGUCUACUCCUCAGACACCGAAUGCGAGACUCAGCUCAAGCCUAGAGCUUCCUUUACAGUACAACACUGGAUCUCAAGGACGUCGACACUCGGACUCUUCGGGUCAUUUCAACCGGUUUGCCAAAAAUUAUUUGCUUCCCGCUGCUAAAUGGGCUUAUUCACCCAUUGGAUCGAAGAAACCACGACACUCGCCAUUGGAAGAAUACCACAUUGAGUAUUCAGUUUUCAAACUGACGUACAAUUACCCUCUGGUAGACUGCGAUGGACAGGCAAAUGAUAUGCCUUUUCUGCUUUAUUGGGACAAAGUCCUCUUUUCGUUAAGUCAAUGGGUUGAGUCAGAGGAAUUGAAACCCAUGAGAAUCCCCAAAGGCUCAUCAGGAAGCUAUUUUAUUUAUGGUAUAAACGACACUUCAUCCAAGGUGAUAGUGGGAGUUUUCAAGCCUAAAGAUGAAGAGCCGUAUGGGCCUUUGUCUCCCAAAUGGACAAAGUGGCUCCAUAGAACUUUCUUUCCGUGGUUUUUUGGUCGCUCGUGCUUACUUUCUAACAUUGGAUACAUCAGUGAAGCCGCUGCUAGUGUGCUUGACCGUCAGUUGCACACCGACCUUGUUCCUCGAACCGACGUUAUAUAUUUAAAGUCCUCGGCCUUCUUCUAUUCCUAUUGGAAUCGUCAUGCAAACAAGAGACUGCUUCCACCCAAAAUAGGAUCAUUUCAGUAUUUUCUAAACGACUAUGUCGAUGCCGACUCGUGGUUCAAACUGCACCCACUUCCAUCUGCGCUAAGUCAAUUACCCGAUGAUUCUGACAUGACUAUUGGCACAAAUGAUAAUUUCCAUGGCAUCAGCUUUAAGUGGAGCAAGUCUGUGUUGCUUCAGUUUCGAGAAGAGUUGGAAAAAUUAGUGGUGCUAGAUUACAUUAUGAGAAACACAGAUCGUGGACCUGAUAACUGGAUGAUAUCAAUAAAAUGGCUGAAAGUUGCCGAAACUACAUCAACCAAAACGCUUCGUCCCAUCUUGAAAAUUGGUGCAAUCGACUCUGGUCUUGCAUUUCCUUGGAAACAUCCCGAUGAAUGGCGCCUGUUUCCGUUUGGUUGGCUCUUUUUACCAAUUUCUCUCAUCGGACAGCCCUUCUCUGAUACUACAAGAAGGCAUUUUCUACCUUUAUUGACAUCUACAAAAUGGUGGGAAUCCACAGUGUGUAAGCUCAAGGCUGUAUUUCAAAAAGACAAAAAUUUUAAAGAAAAAAAUUGGUCGAAGCAACUUGCCGUUUUGAAGGGACAAGCACUCAACGUGGUCGAUGUGCUUCGCAGCCCCAAUGAAGGUCCCUUAGAGCUCACGAGAAGAAACAGAAUACUUGUGUGGGACGACGUAAUGAGGAUCCCUCUUCAAGUGAGCAAUUCAAUUAUGGAGAAUGCAAUUGAAUCAAGUAUCCACGACAUGUCUUUGUCUAAUAAGAAACGACCCACAAUAGGUGUUAUUGAAGAGGAAACUUCUUCGAGCCAAAACAUUACCGAGACGACUGCACUUUUGCACCCGGCAAAUAUUGACGACAGACAUGCUGAAUCACUGGCAAUUUCUGGGUACGAUUACAAUACUAAUUUGAUGGAAGAUGGUUCUGAAACCAAUACAAGAAUGGUGAUAAUUGAGCGAAUAGAACCGCUCAAGACAAAGCCUCCGUUGUUCACAUACUGUUAA